GGGUCCCGCAACGCUUGCGAGGUCCUCCCGGCGCUCCCGGCUGCUGGGCCUACAUGGACGGCGCGCGGCCGCGGCUGGCCUCCCAGGAAAAGGCACAGGUUUGAAGGUAGAGGAAGGAUUGGACACGUUGCUGGGGCAAGUGAGCGAUCCAUUUAACCAAAACAGAGAUGUCGGCUUAUUUUUAGGAAUUACUUGAAACCAGAGUCAUGGUGGAUGUAGGAAAGUGGCCAAUCUUCACUCUGCUCUCACCUCAAGAAAUUGCAUCUAUUCGGAAGGCUUGUGUCUUCGGCACCUCAGCCAACGAAGCACUGUAUGUUACUGACAAUGACGAGGUCUUUGUAUUUGGACUGAACUACAGUAACUGUCUAGGAACUGGAGAUAACCAGAGUACACUUGUGCCCAAAAAGCUGGAAGCCUUAUGUGGAAAGAAGAUUAAGAGCCUUAGUUAUGGGAGUGGACCGCAUGUUCUUCUCAGCACCGAGGUGUUUGCUUGGGGCUAUAACAACUGUGGCCAGGUGGGAUCAGGAUCUACAGCAAAUCAACCAACUCCUCGCAAAGUUACAAACUGUUUACAUAUUAAGAGGGUGGUUGGCAUUGCCUGCGGUCAGACCUCGUCCAUGGCUGUUCUGGACAAUGGUGAGGUAUACGGCUGGGGCUACAACGGCAAUGGUCAGCUAGGCUUGGGAAACAACGGCAAUCAGCUGACCCCCGUGAGAGUGGCAGCUUUGCACAGCGUUUGUGUGAACCAGAUUGUCUGCGGCUAUGCACAUACUCUAGCACUAACUGAUGAGGGCUUGCUCUAUGCCUGGGGAGCUAACACAUAUGGGCAGCUGGGAACUGGCAAUAAAAAUAACCUGCUAAGCCCAGCACACAUCAUGGUGGAGAAAGAAAGGGUAAUAGAGAUUGCGGCCUGCCACUCUGCCCACACGUCUGCAGCCAAGACGCAGGGAGGGCACGUGUACAUGUGGGGCCAGUGCCGGGGCCAGUCGGUGACCCUGCCUCACCUCACCCACUUCUCCUCCACCGACGACCUGUUCGCCUGCUUCGCCACGCCCGCCGUCACCUGGCGCCUCCUGUCUAUAGAGCAUGAAGACUUUUUAACAGUUGCAGAGUCACUGAAGAAAGAAUUUGACAGUCCGGAAACUGCCGAUCUGAAGUUUCGAAUUGAUGGGAAAUAUAUCCAUGUCCAUAAAGCUGUUUUGAAAAUCAGGUGUGAGCACUUUCGAUCCAUGUUCCAGUCUUACUGGAAUGAGGACAUGAAGGAGGUGAUAGAAAUAGACCAGUUUUCCUACCCAGUGUACCGUGCCUUUCUCCAGUACCUCUACACAGAUACAGUGGAUCUGCCGCCUGAAGAUGCCAUAGGUCUUUUGGAUUUGGCGACAUCGUACUGUGAAAACAGAUUGAAGAAACUUUGUCAGCACAUUAUCAAGCGAGGAAUCACCAUGGAGAAUGCCUUUUCAUUGUUCUCUGCCGCGGUCAGAUAUGAUGCAGAGGAUUUAGAAGAAUUCUGCUUUAAGUUUUGCAUCAAUCAUUUGACAGAAGUUACACAGACUGCAGCAUUUUGGCAAAUGGAUGGCCCUCUGCUAAAGGAAUUCAUUGCUAAAGCCAGUAAAUGUGGAGCCUUUAAGAACUGAAGCCCAAGACUGCUGGGUUUUGUGUGAGUGCUCUGGGGCUGCUGGUGAUGGUGUGUCGUUUGUGCUCUAUGGGUGAUGUAAUUCUGCAGGUAAAAGAGCCCAUCAGGUUGAUUUGCUCACAUGGAGAUACAGUUCUCUGUGUAAGGAUACAGGAAGGGUGUACGGCUUUCCCUGAACCCAUUUUAAACAACCCUUAUUUCCAGAUGUGUAUAUUUUAAAUGUGACCUUAACGUUUGGCUGGGACAUUGUACAAGGGUGAAAGUCUAGCUGGUUGUUUGAUUUUUGUUUGGUUUGGUUUUGAUUAGAGGAACUCCUGAAGUUGGAAAGGGGGCUUUGCGGCAAGUCUCCUGGCUUGCAUAUCGACAACCCUUUUGACGCCAGGGGUUGGGAUAGGGUGCCAACUGUGAGAGGUGUAGAGGCCCCACUGGGAAUGACAGAUGCUGACUUGGGGGCUUGUUGAAGGGCUGCAUUAGUUGCUAGUUCAGUAGCUUCACUGUGAAGGAAUAGUUAAGAUUGUCUGAGGCUUUUGUUUGUGUAUUUGCAUUAUUGAUGACUUUUUUAACUUCAAAAUAAUAUUCAGUUUAACAUAAGCCUAUUGAAAUGAUUAUGUGAAGAUGAAUUUCUAGGUUAGUCGGGGUUUCUCUUAAGACUUAAGUACGUAAAGAGUCGUAAUGUAGAACUAUCUGUGAAAACUUGAUAAUGAAAGAAACUUCAUUUGGGUGAAAGUGGAUAUUUUAUAACUCAGAGUCUCCACUACUAACAGCGUUUUCUUAAGGUUAAAUUUGAGAACCCAAAUUUAAAUCCCUCCACCUUUUCUCCUAUAAAUGCUAAUCAUAUAAGAGGAAAAUAGUGAUAUAUUCAAUGUACUCUUGCCUUCCUGAAUUGUGGUUGCUGAAUCAUCAGAUCUGCUACGUCCGACUCAAAUAAGUCGUUCUUAAAACCAAGUUUCUUACAGGACUUAAUAGAAUUUGUUUUUAAUCGAUUUUUAUCUCUGCCAAAUGCUGUCACAAAUUUUGCUUAUUUGAAAUGUCACCAGCUUGCACGUUUGAUUUUCCUUUCCUUUUAAUUGUGUUAGGUAACUUUGAAAAAGGAUCUAAAUUAUGAGGGUGUUUUUUUGGUCUGGCUAUGAAAUGUGACUUUGGGAAGUAAGAGUGUUCAACUCUGAGUUUUAUCACAUGUGCCCGUUGAGCUUGCUUCAAGGACAAAGCUUUGUUCUGCUCUCUGGCCCACGGACUCAUUUCCAUUUGUGGGGGCUCCUUUAGUGAACUGUGUCAUGUUUGGAAGGUCCUCCCUCUGAAUUUAGAGACCGAAUCCAUUUUCAGACCCCAAUUAAAAAGAGGGUGAAGAGAUGCUGCAGCUACUGUUUUUAGCAAUGUUUCUAAGUGUAUAUUGGGGGGGUGAGGGCCCAAAGAUGGAAAUUCAUUGAUAGAUGAAAUAAACCCGGAAGUCUCAGCCCCCUUUUCUUUACCAUGUUGCAAGUGAUUGAAGCCCAAUGAGUUAUUAGGUUAGAAUUAGCUCUGCAACACAAUAGAAUUUUCUUACUAGGUUGAUAAAUGUACAUUAAUUUGAUUAUUAGCUAUGAUGGGUAGUGUUUCUAACAGUCACUGUCUAUAGGCUUAUGAUCUGGACAAAACAAGAACUUCAGUAAGUUUACUAUUGCUCUUACUUGAAAAAAAACUUUAAAAAAGCACAAAUUAACAUAGAUCCAUUUCCAUAGAUAGUUCAUUCACUAAACAAAUAUUUACUGAGUUCCCAAUAGGUGAAGAACCACUUCUCAUAUUAGAUUACUGAGUAAUUUGUAUGACUAUAUUUUCAGUGAAGAGAACAGAAAAAAGUCUCUCAGAAAGUACUUGAGUAUCUUGUGUUGGUUUUUUUUUAAAAAUAGGCUCUCUUAUUUUUCUACUUGGUUUUGUUGUUAAUCAUAGCAGGAGAUGAAAACUAUUCUUUGAAUUGUUUUUUUCAUCUGAUAUAAUAGUGAAAGCCAAAGUAUUGGUAUUUCUUCACAUAGCCCUAAAAUGUACUCUUGAACUUCCUACUGGAACAAGGUUUGAUACGCUAGUUAUAUAGGUUGUAUAUAUGUAAUGUUUAGAGUGACAUAUUAAUAAAUAAAGCAAUCU